AUGAUGGGGAAGAAUCGACUUCGUACCAUUGAGAAUCUAGACUGCUUGAAAAAACUGGACGUGCUGGAUCUACACAGCAACGAAAUUGAGCAGAUGCAGAACCUGAACGAGCUCAAAGAGCUGCGUGUCUUAAAUCUGGGUGGGAAUAUGAUCUCCGCAGUUGAAAACAUUGACAAGUUGAUGCUCCUCACCGAGCUGAAUCUCCGACGAAAUCGAAUCCGUCGCAUCGGAGCAAUUGGCACUCUGCCGUCACUUCUAAGACUUUUCUUGUCCAACAACAAGCUCGAGACAUUCGAGUCGAUAGCACCACUAUUUCAGGUCUCGUCCAUCAGCGAGUUGCGCUUGGACUCGAAUGGAGUCUGCGCUCCUGACCAGAUGGAGUAUCGUGUGCGUAUGAUAAACAGCUUCCCGUCACUGAAGCAUCUGGACCUCAAGCCUCUAAGUGAUGCUGAUAGAAAAGAAGCGUUGCUACGUGCCAAUUCCCCCAGCAAAAGCGUUGAUACAGCGGAAGCGGCUGCAAGAGUGCAAGCGAUUUCAUGCGUCAAGGCGAACUGGGAACGGCCCGAGUUGAGUUCUCAUGGCGGGUAUGAAGAACGAGCGAGCACACCGAUACAUCGGGAGGAAUCAACCGUGUACAGCAACAACGCGGGCUUUUCUGAGCUUGAGGUCUACGGUGACUACCGUGUUCUUGUCAUCUAUGGUGACGCGCUAGACGCCCUCGAGCAGACCAAAGCUCACGCGUUGGUAAACGCAAUUUCGUUUCGCUAUUUGGGUAUUGCCAAGAUCGUGGCUGCUGUCAGUAGCGCUACAAACGCCAAUCUCAAGCUGUUUACAAGAUUGAGGAGAUUUUUUUUCGCGUACAACGAUCUCCAGUCGUUCGAUGAGCUGUUGUGGCUGAAUACUAUGGGGUUGAAAGCUGAAGAGGUAUACAUUUCCCAGAAUCCUGUCUGUGCCAAGACUCUUCUCAAGAGAUUCAUCGGUGCUCGAAUCAGUAAUAUAUUGCGCCUCAACGGCGAAGAGAUCAACUCAAUCGACAGACAUAUGGGCAAGCAGCUCUUCCCAAAGCCCAGUGUCCCCCGUACGCGAGCAGUAGACGCUCCAGAGCUUCACCCAUUGCUGCCCUCAAAGGCUCGUGUGAAAGAGGGCAGGGACGCGAAAGUGCCCCGAUCAUUGUCAGUUCUGCACAGUUCUGCCACACCCUCCGCAGUCACCGAGAUAUUCGACGCAGCAUCCGACAUCGAAAUGAAGUCCACGGCGCUAGACCAAGCGUGGAAGGACAUGCUCUUGACAAUCGUCAAGGAAACGCUACAAGACAUUGAGCGCCGCGACAGCUUCAUGUCCGGUUGUCUCGACAAUCUGUAG